CGUUAUGGUAAUGUUACAUCAGAAUGUUAGGUUAUUUUAAUGUUGCGUCAGAAUUUUAGGCUAUGGAAUGUUACGUCAGUGUUGUUUUGCUUUCAACGUCAUGGUGUCAUGGUUGAUGUUUAUAUUUAUAUAUCAGUUUUUGGAGGGAAAGUGACAAUUGAUACGGGGUAAAAAAAAAAGUAAUGAUCUGAAGAGAUUUUUUUUAUGCAUAAAAGAACAAACAUUAUUAAGUAUCAAGAUGAUUAUUGUUUACGAAUGAAAGAGAGAACUCGUAAAUUAUGUACAUUGUAAAUAUGUAUACAUCUGUCCCAAAACUACCUGUUUGAUGUAUAUUGGCUACGUUCUUAUCGUAUUUCCGAGAAAGAAACCACGUCAUUGUUGGAGGUACAUACGACAUGGGAAGUUCGGCGGCUAGUUUUUGGUGUUUGAUUUUGACUUUUCUGGUAUCUUUUUCUCUCCAAGCUGCGGGAUUAUUCACUUCUUACUGGUUGUCAUGGGAUGGAUGUGAAGCGCAGGGACUCUUCGGCUUCUCAGCAUCAAACCAAACGAAUAAAUGUGUUGGAGACGGUGACUGUAGGUAUUAUCUACUCUAUAUAUACAUGUAUGCUGUCUAUUCACCCAAUACUCACAAGGGUUAGUAAGUCUGAUCAUCAUUUAAACUACCGCACGGGGAGCUGAAAUCGUGACAUAAAGCCGUCAUUAUAAUAAUUAUCUCGUUGUAUUAUGAUCUUUAUUGUUAACACUGAACAUUUCGUAUAUUAUUCCUUAUUUAUGCUGAAAACGGCUUCAUUUCGCAAGUCAAGAAUCAGAAAUCGGUAAACUUUCAUUUGGUCGGACAACGCCCUUACUACAAAAUAACAAUGUAAACGGCACUUCAAAAUACGGGAUUCACCGUGUUAUCGAGGCAGUCAAAAGCUCUGUAUUAGAAAAAUUGUCAAAAAUCUGAGGUGAACAAUAAUUUCCAUGAAAUAUAAUUCCUUGUUUGAAGCAGAGACGUGAGUAACUAAGUAUCAGUAGUAUUCCAUCGCAGUAGUCAGUAGAUAUGUAUUCAAUUUGGUGUCUGUUCUGAGAAUGUAUACAUGGGAGUUAUAGAGUCUAAUUAGACAUUACUAUUAAUUUUGAGCUGUUAUCGACAGUAGUUCGCUUAGAGGAUGCUACUUGUUGACAGCUCUUAGCUAAUACUGACAAUUAAUCAAUUAUCAAACUACUGUUUAAUGAAACAUUAAAUACAUGAAUGUGGUUUUUAUUUAGACAUCAGCCCAGUCGCCUUUGGUCUACAAGCAGCAUCAUUUGCUAUCCACAUGAUUGUUUGUGCGACACUGAUCUGGCUGAUGUACUUCAUGCAUAGCGAUGAUGGACUCCAUUGGUGCUUUGCAUCAUGGAUACUCAUGCUGUACCCAAUUGCAGGAUUUUGCAGCAUAGUUGGAUGUAGCAUAUUGUCCGCCAUAGACGUGCCGGAAUUCUCAUACGGCUGGUCAUACAUGGUGUGUCUCUCAAGUGGUUCCUUCGUCAUGCUUCAGACUAUCGCUGGGUGUUAUGGCGUUUGUAAGAAAAGGGCUGAUGAGUCAGGUGACCAAUCAGCGAUAAAGUUGUUACGCCGCUUAAGGAUCGUACCUACAUGCUAUAAGGUUGACGUGGAAGAUAUACGCUAUUAGGGUUGUCUUUGUCUCGAAUACAAUGUGAAGUUCAUAUCUUUUCUUGUAAUAAUAUAAACUUAUAAUAUCAGAAAAAUAUUUUAUAACAGUUGUAUAAAUGAGCGCUGAAAAUAAAAACGAUCAAACAAAAUUAUUAUAAUUAAUAAUCAUAUUAACAAUAUGAUGAUUGGACUUGAUUAUAAAGAAGUAAAUAAAAUCAAGGAAGGUUAGGUAAGUGUUAUCAGUUGUUCCGAACAAUAUGUUGUAACUUGAACUUGGCGAUGUGUAUAGACAAUAUGACGAUGGUUAUAGAUGUCUGAUGUUGUAUACACAAUAUGACGAUGGUUAUGGCUGUCUGAUAUUGUAUACACAAUAUGACGAUGGUUAUGGCUGUCUGAUGUGGUAUAUACAAUAUGACGAUGGUUAUGGCUGUCUGAUGUGGUAUAUACACUAUGACGAUGGUUAUGGCUGACUGAUGUGGUAUAUACAAUAGGACGAUGGUUAUGGCUGUCUGAUGUGGUAUAUACAAUAUGACGAUGGUUAUAGCUGUCUGAUGUUGUAUAUACAAUAUGACGUUGGGUAUGGCUGUCAGAUGUGGUAUAGACAAUAUGACGAUGGGUAUGGCUGUCUGAUGUUGUAUAUACAAUAUGACGAUGGUUAUAGCUGUCUGAUGUUGUAUAUACAAUAUGACGUUGGGUAUGGCUGUCUGAUGUUGCAUAGACAAUAUGACGAUGGAUAUGGCUGUCUGAUGUUGUAUAUACAAUAUGACGAUGGUAUGGCUGUCUGAUGGUGUAUAGACAAUAUGACGAUGGUUAUAGCUGUCUGAUGUUGUAUAUACAAUAUGACGAUGGGUAUGGCUGUCUGAUGUUGUAUAGACAAUAUGACGAUGGUUAUAGCUGUCUGGUGUUGCAUAGACAAUAUGAUAUUGAUUGAUGUUUAUCGUUAUACUAAGUACCAUUUGCUUUUAUCAUAGUAAUAUAAUAUCACCAUACUACGAUAGGGUUUUAUCAAUGUAUGAUUUAGCUUUAUCA